AUGGCAACAGUCCUUGAGACAAACAAACCGGCUCCUGCUGCGGAGCCCGGCUUCUCAGUAAAGGAAGGCGCCAACUGGUCCGAAUACCUCUCCUUCCGCCCCGUGUACCCACAGUCUUUCUUCGGCCGCAUCUACGAAUAUCACUUUCAGAAGCCCCAGGCGACUUCAACAACGGCCCAAGAUAUUGGAGCCGGCUGCGGCAUUGUCUCCUCAAACUUGGCCUCCCGUUUCAACAAAGUGAUCGUCUCGGACCCCAACGAUGGCUACACCACACUCGCUCGGAAACUUCUUGUCGAGCAGUCUAGGCUUCCAGCGUCCAAAUUCACCUUUCUACAGGAGGGCGCAGAGAAAAGCUCUGUCCAGUCCGGGACAGUGGAUUUGGUCACGGCCUGUGAGAUGAUGCACUGGACAAACGUUGACGUGGCCGUCAAAGAAUUCGGCAGAGUCCUCAAGGCUGGCGGCACCCUCGCCAUCACUUACUACACCGUGCCCAGGAUCGUCGGCAACGAGCCAGCCCAGAAGAUCUGGAGGCAAAUUUGGCGGGCUUAUGCCGAACGGGCCCAGGGAGAGCUGUACGAUCAUGCUUUCGGCAUUGUUAACUCAGGGUUUCAGUGCAUCGGACUCCCUGAGGCGGAAUGGGGAAGUGUCAAGAGGGUGUACAUCAACUCAGGAGGGAGCACUGUGCCUUUCCAGAUUGAUGACAGGUUGGCUGAGAGUAGAGUCAGAGGCGAUGAGGAGGCAAUCUGGUUGGAAGGCGAUAAAGACUGGUAUGACGAGCAAGGUCUUGACUGGCUGAAGGGUUACCUCGCAACAUGGGUGCCACGAAUCCCAGAGGCGGAUAUCCAGGACCUUUGGGAUGCUUUGGAGGCUGCAUUGAAUGGAAAGAAGGCGAGCCUGGAAACACCACUUGUGUUGAUCUUCGCCACCAAGAAAGCAUAG